CGUCGCCGCGAGUCGGACGCGCAUGGCGGCCUCUGGGAAGCAGGACCUCGAGUUUCGUGAGGCAGUGGUGGUCCCGCCGGCUCGCUGAGCGCGCCCGACAGGAUGCCCGAGAUCAGGGUCACGCCCCUGGGGGCUGGCCAGGACGUGGGCCGGAGCUGCAUCCUGGUCUCCAUCGCGGGCAAGAACGUCAUGCUGGACUGCGGGAUGCACAUGGGCUUCAGCGACGAUAGGCGCUUCCCCGACUUUUCUUACAUCACCCGCAGCGGCCGGCUCACUGACUUCCUGGACUGCGUGAUCAUCAGCCACUUCCACCUGGACCACUGCGGGGCGCUCCCCUACUUCAGCGAGAUGGUGGGCUACGACGGGCCCAUCUACAUGACCCAGCCCACCCAGGCUAUCUGCCCCAUCCUGCUGGAGGACUACCGCAAGAUCGCCGUGGACAAGAAAGUGGUAGAGAUUACAAAACACACCCGUGACAACACAGCUCUAAGGUACUUGGAACUUUUGCCUCUUUCCUGGACAACGCAAGAGCCUCAGAGCACCUCAAAUGCAUUUACUCCUCCCCUGGCUCACUGGCUCGUGUUUCCAUGUAUUGUAAUUCCCUCAGCGUGCGGGACCCCCGGGACCUCACCGCCGAUGCCGGUGGACGAUGAGCUGGAAAUCAAGGCCUACUAUGCAGGCCACGUGCUGGGGGCGGCCAUGUUCCAGAUUAAAGUGGGCGCAGAGUCUGUGGUGUACACGGGGGAUUAUAACAUGACCCCAGACCGGCAUUUGGGAGCCGCCUGGAUUGACAAAUGCCGCCCCAACCUGCUCAUCACAGAAUCCACGUACGCCACCACCAUCCGAGACUCUAAGCGCUGCCGGGAGCGGGACUUCCUGAAGAAGGUCCACGAGACCGUGGAGCGUGGCGGGAAGGUGCUGAUCCCCGUGUUUGCGCUGGGCCGCGCUCAGGAGCUCUGCAUCCUGCUGGAGACCUUCUGGGAGCGCAUGGACCUGAAGGCCCCCAUCUACUUCUCCACGGGCCUGACGGAGAAGGCCAACCACUACUACAAGCUGUUCAUCCCCUGGACCAACCAGAAGAUCCGGAAGACCUUUGUGCAGAGGAACAUGUUUGAGUUCAAGCACAUCAAGGCCUUCGAUCGGGCGUUUGCCGACAGCCCGGGUCCCAUGGUCGUGUUUGCCACACCAGGGAUGCUGCAUGCCGGCCAGUCCCUACAGAUCUUCAGGAAGUGGGCAGGGAACGAGAAGAACAUGGUCAUCAUGCCCGGCUACUGCGUGCAGGGCACCGUGGGCCACAAGAUCCUCAGCGGGCAGCGCAAGCUGGAGAUGGAGGGGCGGCAGGUGCUGGAGGUCAAGAUGCAGGUGGAGUACAUGUCCUUCAGCGCCCACGCGGACGCCAAGGGCAUCAUGCAGCUGGUGGGUCAGGCGGAGCCGGAGAACGUGCUGUUGGUGCACGGCGAGGCCAAGAAGAUGGAGUUUCUGAAGCAGAAGAUUGAGCAGGAAUUCCGGGUCAGCUGCUACAUGCCGGCCAACGGCGAGACGGUGACGCUGCCCACAAGCCCCAGCAUCCCCGUGGGCAUCUCACUGGGGCUGCUGAAGCGGGAGAUGGCGCAGGGGCUGCUCCCUGACGCCAAGAAGGCCCGGCUCUUGCAUGGCACCCUGAUCAUGAAGGACAGCAACUUCCGGCUCGUGUCCUCAGAGCAGGCCCUCAAGGAGCUGGGCCUGGCCGAGCACCAGCUGCGCUUUACCUGCCGUGUGCACCUGCACGACACGCGCAAAGAGCAGGAGACAGCCGUGCGCGUGUACAGCCACCUGAAGAGCGUCCUCAAGGACCACUGCGUGCAACACCUUCCUGACGGCUCCGUGACCGUGGAGUCCAUCCUCAUUCAGGCCGCUGCCCACUCAGAGGACCCAGGCACCAAGGUGCUGCUGGUUUCCUGGACCUACCAGGACGAGGAGCUGGGAAGCUACCUCACGUCUCUGCUCAAGAAGGGCCUGCCCCAGGCCAGCUGAGGCCCCGCUGCCAGGACCGUGUGCACCCUGCGUCUUCCCUGUGUCCUCGGGUGUGGAGCCCACAGCUGGCUACGACCCUCAUCUGUGCAGAGACCACAGUGCCACGCACCUGCCUGAGUGGCUGCUUUUGGCUGAAGAAAGAAACGGACCUGGGGGUCUUUUCACCUUUUAUGUCUGCUCCUGGGCUCCCAGGAGAUGGGGGUGGGGCUCCCGAGGUGUUGAUUUCCAGUAAAAACCACCACAGGCUG